UCUCUUGCUGGAGCAGCAUGCAGGAAAACUAUGGUUCUAUGUAAUUCCUGUCUGCAGGUAAAGGAGCCGCAAGUCAACUCUACUGAAGCAGCCGAUACUAGUGACAAAUCACCUAAACCAACUAUUGUGACAAAGUCAUCUUACAGUGCUACAAAGGGCAGUUUGUCUCAAACGAAGACUGUGGGAAGAGUAACUAGAAAGGAUCUACGGAUGCAUAAACUGGUUUUUGAGCAACAUGGAUUGCCAGAGGGAACUGAACUAGCAUAUUUUGUCCGUGGACAGAAAUGUCUGGUAGGUUAUAAGAAGGGAUCAGGAAUACUUUGCAACUGCUGUGAUUCUGAGGUCAGCCCAUCACAGUUUGAAGCUCAUGCUGGUUAUGCUAGUCGUCGCAAACCUUUCCAACACAUUUAUACAUCUAAUGGAGUGUCGCUUCAUGAAUUGUCGAUAUCUCUAUCCAAAGAUAGGAAGGUCUCUAUAAGUGAGAAUGACGACUUAUGUAGCAUUUGUUUGGAUGGAGGGGAUCUGUUAUGUUGUGAUACAUGUCCAAGGGCUUUUCACAAAGAGUGUGUUUCGCUGCCAAAAAUUCCCACUGGGACUUGGUACUGUAGGUAUUGUCAGACUAUGUUCCAAAGGGAAAAAUUUGUGGAACAUAAUGCUAAUGCUGUUGCUGCUGGGAGGGUUGAGGGGGUUGAUCCAAUAGAGCAGAUAACUAAGCGAUGCAUUCGUAUUGUCAAAACACCAGAGACUGAAAACCCCAGUGUAUGCGUAUUAUGCAGGGGUCAUAAUUUUAGCAAAUCAGGAUUUGGUCCUCACACUGUUAUCCUCUGUGAUCAGUGUGAGAAAGAAUACCAUGUGGGGUGUCUAAGGGAUCACAAUAUUGAUGACCUUAAGGAGUUGCCAGCAGGACAGUGGUUCUGUUGUUCAGAGUGCGAUGUAAUUCAUUCGGCUUUGCAGAAAUUGGUGGCUCAUGGGCAAGAGAAGCUUCCUGGCUCUUCUCUGAGUGUUGUAAAGAAGAAUCAUGAAGAAAUUGAUUCAGAGAACAAGACCAAUCUUGAUAUAAGAUGGAGAGUUCUUAGUGGGAAAAUGGCUUCACUCGAUGACACUAGAGUGUUGCUUUCCAAGGCUGUAGCAAUCUUCCAUGACCGCUUUGAUCCAAUAAGUGAAUCUGGAUCAGCUAAAGGUGAUCUCAUACCAGCAAUGGUUUAUGGAAGGACUUUCAAGGGCCAAGAUUUUGGUGGCAUGUUUUGUGCAAUAUUAACUGUCAAUCAAGUGGUUGUAUCAGCUGGUAUUUUUAGAAUAUUUGGGCAGGAAGUGGCAGAACUUCCUUUGGUUGCAACAACCACCCAAGCCGAAGGGCAGGGUUAUUUUCAAUGCUUGUUUUCUUGCAUUGAGAAGCUACUCGGUUUUUUAAAAGUGAAGAAUCUGGUGCUUCCAGCAGCUGACGAAGCUGAAUCUAUUUGGACAAAGAAAUUUGGAUUCAAGAAAAUGCCCCUGGAUGAGGUGAACAAAUAUAAAAGCGAUUAUCAAAUGAUGAUCUUCCAAGGAACUUCAAUGCUGUGGAAGCCAGUUCCUGGAAUUCUGCUCAAGUCAAAGGAAGACUGAAUUGAACAGCAGGAUAUCGGAGAUUUUGAAACCGGAGAAGCCAUCUUCUUCUUCUUUUUUUUUUUUUUUUUUGGAGAGACAUUUCCUCCCAGCAGCAGCAGCAAUGUACAGGGCUACGGGGUAGUUUUGGUUUUGUAUGUACAGGAAUUACACAAUGCAAUGCAGUGGUACUAAAUUUUUUUUUGUAGCAUAAAAAAUGUACCAAACUGGAAGUCGGUGAAUUAAAUUGGAGGAAAUUUUGAUGUCUCAAUACAAGGUAUUUCUAUUU